AUGAGCUCAGCUCUAGAUCUUGAUGGCUCUUCCAAGGGCACCGUGCUCAACGGCCCUUGCGACUGGAAACAAUGGAUUUCUAUCAUCAAGAAAUUCGCCACGUCCCACAGUCUUUGGGACUUUCUGGACCCUGCCGUCAAGGAGGGUAAGCCGGUUCUUCAGCAGCCAGUUGAACCAACAUUCCGACAAAUCAACCACGAAGCAUCUGAUCUCGUGGAUCUGACCUCGGAGGAAUUUCGCCGUCUCGAAUUCCUCCACACCCAAUACCGCUCGAAGCUUCAAGGGUAUAGGGAUCAAGUGAAGGCACUCGCCAGCCUUCAACAACACAUCGUCAAGACCAUCGGCAACUACUACAGCACCAUUGCCGAGGAACACGACGUUGCAAAGCAACUUGCCUUGCUUCAGGCUCGUGUGGCCCCAACCGACUGGGCACUCGAGAGGGAAGUUGUUCAGCGUUAUCGUUCCACCCUUCAGUCGCCAAACAGGACCAAGAUCGAAGCUUGGGCUGUUUCGUCCAUCAACGCCCCAUUCACAGACUAUUGGGUCAACAAAAUGGAAGACGAGGCCGUAUUCGGCAAGCCUGAUUGGAAGACGGACUUCCCGGACGGCAUUAAGAUCAGUGAGAUCUUUGAACGAGCUCACCGAAUCAAGGCCGCCAACAACAGCAAAGGAUCAUUCGGAGCUGCCUUCCAAGGCAAGGGAGAGAAAUCGGAGAGGAAAGAGGACAAGCCUAAGUGGUCUUCAAGCAAGAACGCUGAUGGUGUUCCUAUGUGUGUCUGCGGAGAAUAUCACCGCUUCGUAGAUUGCUUCUAUCUCAUCAAAUCAGCUCGGCCUGAUGGCUGGACUCCUGAUCAGAAGGUUGAGAAGAAGAUCAAGGAAAUCCUCGACUCAAUCCAUGGGCAAAGAAGAUGA